AUGGAACGUUUUGACAAAAUCUUUACAUGCUUUCCUGCUUGUGAGCAUGCUGUAACGCUUGAAGAUGCGCGGAGGUCGUGGCUCUUUAAGUGGUUGGGAAUAGGCAUCUGCGUUCUUCUGCUCACCGCUGCCAGCAGUUCUCAGGAUUCAGAAGACUGGCAGUAUGAGGAAUGCAAGCUCUCCCGAUCCGGCCCACCUGCCACCAUUGUGGCCAUAGACGAGGAGAGCUCUAACGGAACCCUUCUGGUGGAGAACAUGCAGAUCAACGGCAGAGCAGAAGAUCCCGACCGAACCAUUUCUUUGUCCUUACGAGACAACCACGACUACUGGGUGAUCCUUGACCCGGUCAAACAGCGUCUGUAUCUCAACAGCACGGGCCGAGUUCUGGACCGAGAUCCGCCCUCCUACAUCCAGUCCAUUGUAGUGCAGGUUCAGUGUACUAAUGAGCUUGUUGGCACGGUGAUUCUGCACGAGGUGAGGAUAGUUGUGCGGGACCGGAACGACAACCUCCCUCGCUUUCAGCAGCCACGCUACUAUGUAGCCAUUAAUGAGUUGACACCCGUUGGAACCACCAUCUUCUCAGGGUUUACGGGAAAUAACGGGGCUGUUGACAUUGAUGAUGGACCCAACGGACAGAUUGAAUACACCAUUCAAUACAACCCCAAAGACCAGACCACGAACCGGACAUUCGACAUCCCCCUCACCCUGUCUGGCUCUGUGGUUCUGAGAGAGAGACUGAAUUAUGAGGAUAUCACACGCUACCUGGUUAUCAUUCAGGCCAACGACAGAGCGCCGAAUCCAGCCAACCGGCUCACCGCCACCACCACGCUGACAGUGGAUGUGUUGGAUGGAGAUGACAUGGGUCCAAUGUUCCUGCCCUGCAGUCUGGUGGACAACACCCGCGACUGCAGACCUCUCACGUACCGCGCCAGUAUCCUGGAGCUCACCCAUCCCAGUCGUGUGAACCCGGUCAAUGUGACGCCGCCCAUCCAAGCAGUGGAUCAGGACAGAAACAUUCAGCCUCCAUCAGACCGCCCGGGUAUCCUCUACUCCAUCCUCAUCGGGAAACCUGCGUCAUAUGCGGACUACUUCUCAUUGAAUGGGACCACGGCCGAGCUUCUCCUCCUGCGGCCCAUCAGCAGAGAACAACAGCAGCGUUUUGAUCUGGUCAUCAAGGCAGAGCAAGAUAACGGACAUCCUCUGCCGGCGUUCGCCAAUCUCCACAUCGAGGUGCUUGAUGAGAACAAUCAGGCGCCGUAUUUCCAGGUAGCCACUUAUCAGGGCUUCAUCUCUGAAUCAGCUCCGCCGGGCACGACGAUCUCCAGCAGUGCCAAUCUCUCCAGCCCUCUCGCCAUCAUCGCUCUGGACAACGACAUCGAGGAGUCGAAAGAUCCCAUGGUGCACAUCUCUCUGGACAACUACAACAGCAUGUUCUCAGUGACGCCCAGCGGGAUCACGCGCUACCUGACGCUGCUGAGGCCUGUGGACCGUGAAGAACAGCAGACGUAUGGCUUGACGAUGGUCGCAUCCGAUGGGGUUCAGCAGAGUUCUCCGGCCACUAUUAACAUCACGGUGAUCGAUGCCAAUGACAACACACCGACCUUUCCAAACGUCUCCUACAGCAUCAAUGUUUAUACAGACAUUCAGCCGGGGGAAGCCGUCUUACAGCUGACAGCCGCAGAUGCUGACGAGGGUCUCAACGGGCUGGUGAGCCACAGAAUCCUGGCUGGAGAUCAGGGACACUUCACCAUCCAUGAGCGCACAGGACUGAUCACUGUGGUGCCCGGCGUCAACCUGACCGUCGGCCGCUCCUACGCCCUCACCAUCAGAGCCUCCGACAACGGACCCGUCCUGCAGAGAAGAAGUUCCAUCACUACAGUAUAUAUUGAUGUGCUGCCACCCAACAACCAGAGUCCUCCCCGUUUCCCUCAGCUCAUAUACAGUCUGGAGAUCAGUGAGGCCAUGAGGACUGGAGCUACACUGCUCAACUUACAGGCAACAGACCGUGAAAGAGACCCCAUUACAUACACCAUCCUGAGCGGAGAUCCAGACAAUGUCUUUGAAGUCUCACAUACGUCUGGAGUGUUGUUGCUGGCGAAGACGCUGGACAGAGAGAUCACUGAUCACUACACACUAACGGUCACCGCGUCAGAUGGAAAACCAGACGGGACCUGCUCUGCUACAGUGAAUAUAGUGGUGACUGACGUCAAUGAUAAUGACCCCGUGUUUGAUCCUCUGCUGCCACUCAAUGUCACCGUUCAGGAAGAAGAAACCAACGCUUUUGUGGGUCAGGUGAAGGCCACUGAUCUGGACUCAGGUGUUAACGGGCAGGUGCGCUACCAUCUGGUCACUCACACGGAUCUGUUCAGGAUCAGUUCUGAUGGAAGCGUCUUCACAGCCGCGCCUCUGGACCGUGAGGAACGUGAUCACUACGACCUGCUGGUGGAGGCCCGGGACGGAGCCAAAGAUCCCCGACGGGCCGCCAUGACGCUCUCCGUCACCGUGCUGGACGUGGAUGACAACAGCCCGGUGUUCUCUCAGCCUGCGUAUCACGUUACUCUGCCAGAGAACAGCCCGGCGGGUUUGAUCAUCCUGAAUGUCAGCGCUGUGGACCGUGACCUGGACGCAAACGUGACGUAUCGUAUCAGGAGUGUGGACGCCAGACAGAUGUUUGCUCUGAGUCCUCUCACCGGGGAGCUGAAAGUUCUCCGUCGGCUGGACUUUGAGGAACUCUUACCUGACGGCACGACACACACCUUCGUGGUGGAGGCUGCAGACGGAGGCAGUGGAAACAUGCCGCCUGGAUUAGCGUCCGUUACCGUCACUAUAACCGACAUGAACGACUUCUCUCCAGUCUUCAGUCAGACGCUGUACAGAGGGAUGGUGGCACCAAACGCUAUCAAGGGAACGCUGGUCACGACUGUACAUGCUGAAGACGCUGACCCGCAGGGUACAGCGGCCAGUCGUGUUCACUAUAAAGUGGAUCUGGAGCUGUUUCCUUACAGCAGCAGUAUUUUUGACGUGGAGGAGAAGUCUGGGAACGUUCUCACCCGAGUUAAUCUCAACGAGGAGCCCAACACAAAAUUCAGCUUGGUGGUUAUUGCCUAUGAUGACGGCGAGCCGAUGAAGUUCAAUAAGACUUUAGUGGAGAUCACAGUCCUGCAGCCCUCCGUCAUUCCAGUCUUCACACAGGAAGAGUACAGGUUUUCUCCAGUGAGCGAGAACGCUCCCGUGGGAACGGUGGCAGGAGUCAUCUUGGCAGCCGCUAUAAACCAGACCAUCGUCUACUCCAUCAUUGAAGGAAAUGAGGGCGGUGAGUUUAUUGUGAAUAACAUCACUGGAGUAGUCAGCACCAUCAAACCGCUGGACUACGAGAGCAAUGGCAGCUACGUCCUCCGUGUGGAAGCCAACUCCAUCAGGGUUGUGUCAUCCAACCUACGAGCACCGUCCAAAAGUAACACCGCGAAGGUCUUCAUUGAGGUGCAUGAUGAGAACGAUCAUCCUCCAGUGUUUACUAAGCCGCUUUAUCUCGGUGGGGUUGCUGAAGAUUCCAAGACCUUCAUAUCGGUUUUACAGGUCCAGGCGCUGGAUAAAGACACAGGGAAUUACAGCAGCAUGACGUACCGACUGAACAUCCCCCCGACCGCCGACGGUAAAGACGGAUUUGUUAUUGAGCCCUUCACAGGCGUGAUCAAGACGGCCAUCAUCUACAGGAACAUGAGACGCUCCUACUUCAAAUUUCAUGUGGUUGCCACGGACGACUACGGCAAAGGAUUGAGCAGCACCGCUCAGGUGGUGGUGUCUGUGGUGAACCAGCUGGACAUGCAGGUGGUGGUAUCCAACGUGUCGCCCACUGUAGUUGAACAGAACAAGGAUCGGCUGAUCGGGAUUUUGGAGCGCUAUGUCCAGGAUCAGAUCCCAGGUGCUAAAGUGGUGUUGGAGUCUAUUGGACCUCAUCGUUUUGGAGAGGUUAAUGAACAGGAAGAUUACUCCAAAUCUGACCUCAUGAUUUAUGCAAUCGACCCUCUGACCAACAGAGCCAUCUCAAGACAAGAGCUCUUCAAGUUUCUGGACGGGAAGUUGCUGGACAUCAAUAAGGAGUUCCAGCCCUAUUUGGGUCGCGGAGGACGCAUUCUGGAGAUCCGCACACCUGAUGUGGUGGAGAGUGUGAAGAAAGCUGUUCAUUCUGUUGGAUACACUGAAGGAGCUCUGCUGGCCCUGUCCGUCAUCAUCAUCAUAUGCUGUAUUCCUGCCAUCCUCAUCGUCAUCAUCACCUACAGACAAUUCAAAGAACGACAGGCAGAGUGUGCAAAAACAGCCCGGAUUCAAAUGGCUCUACCGGCUGGUAAAAGCGGCGCUGCGGCCACCAAUAAUCUGUAUGAAGAACUCGGUGACAGCACAAUGAGAGGCUACGGCCAUCAGGAGCAACAGCAGUUGCUCCGACCUUCUCUCUUAAGACCAGAGGAGCUGUCGAUGGAGUCUGGCAUUGACCCAGGACAGGACUAUUAUACACAGGAUUAUUAUAAUUAUGAUCAUGGUUAUGACUUACCUCAGUAUGGGAGUCGUCGGAAGCUCAUCUCUCCCACUGGCAUGUAUGACGAAUAUGGAGAGGUGAUUAUGGAUGAAGACGGCAGCUACUACUACAGCCCACACGAGUCAGAUGGAGAGGUUGUCAGGAAAGGCAGAAGGUUGGCUUCACCUCCAGGUGGGGCGGCACCACGCCGGCCCCCCAGACAGGCUUUUGGAGACCAGACUCAAAAGCUUGAGCAACAACCAACAGAGAGGACUGCACACCCUCACAGCUCACAGACUGAAAGUCAACUCAAAGCACCCAUAAAACAACUUUCUGAAAGAAAGUCUGGUCCACCAGCCUCAUACCACUGUCUGUGGAGAAAGAACAGAAUAUUUCCCCAGGAGAAUGGAGGAGGCAUCGAUGUCUCCAAGCCAACCACGAGACAGCGAUCAAACAGCCCGGACAGCGGCAUGGUUAUUGACGGCAGCUAUUUCCAGACUAAAGAAGCAAUGCCGUCUGCAAAGACAAGACUUGGAAAAGUUUUGAGUCAGAUGAAUAACCUCAGAAUGUUGCCAAACUCUCUGAGCCACGUUAGCGGGACUGGAGACGCCAACGGGAGCAUCUCUCGGACACAUAUCGAGUCAGAGAGGGAAUCAGAGACUAUGCCUGGGGAUAGUGGGAAAAGAGAGCGGGAGAAAGGUAGAAUAAGUGAAGACGUUACUCCACAGUCUUACACCGGAAGUGGCACGUCAUUCACACCUUAUCCAUACAGACUCCAGGAGGGAGCUCAGAUGAGCGCAUUAGACUCGGAAGAUGUUGACUCGGACAAAAAGAGCCGAACAAACACAGAGACAGACGACACGGAGUCAAAGACUGAGUCAGGCACAGAGCAGGACAGCGAGGCAGAAACAGAUGAGGCGUCUGAGACGGAGGACGGGUCCGAGUCCAGUACAGAGAGUCAAGAAAGUCGUUCAAACAACAGCGGAGAGACAGCGGUGUCUGUCAGACUAUCUCACUCCAAACACAGCAGCAACACCUCUGAAAGCUUCAAUUCUACAACUGUCUCUUCAGAGAGUGAUUCACAGACAUCAUCAGCAUCCAGUUACAGAUCCCAGGCAGAGAGAGGUGAGGAUGAGGACAAUGAAGAAGACAAAGAGAUGAAUGAAAGUGUCUCUAGAAUCAGACCUACCUCAGAGGAAAAACAAGAUGAUAUCAUCCAGAGCACAAGCAGCUUGUCUGUGACCAGCAGUAGAGGUUUGGACAUCAAUAAACUCCCUCCUAUAGCUGAGAACGAGGAAGACACAACAUCUGACAGAAGUGAUGCUUCAGAUGACGCUCCGAGUGACACAGAGUGUUGAUUUGGAGGAUUCAGAAGAUGUGUUCAGUAAGAUUGAGAUACGUCUUCAUUUGCUGUGUUGAAGUGUCCUUCAUCUCUCUGGGCUUUGACUCACUUCUGGCAUUUCUCUUUAACCUUCACUAAAUAACACGCAUGCUUCCUUCUCUCCAGUCUUACCUUUACAGGUCAACCUUCAAAAGUUUACAUCAGCAGUGAGUGUUCAAGAAGAUGAGGUUUUGUUGUAAUGUUAAAAAGACAAAAAAACCCUGAACUGAGCUCAUUGUGGAUGUGAAUGGUGUGUUUUCUGCUAGUUCUGUUUAAUGACUUAAUGAUCUUCAUGGGAGGCUGAAGUUACGGUAGUGCUAAGAAAGAUAUUUUUCUUCAAAUCCUGUUGUUUUCAGCCAGGGGUUCUCAACUCCACGGCCCCCAAUUGUGUUCAACAAUAUUCAAAGACCCCCCUCCCCCUCACAAAACCUCAAAAUUUCUACCCAAUAAUUUUUUUUAGAGCUAAAUAUUACCUGGAAAACAUUUAUUAACUAUAGAAAUGGCUAAACUAUAGGAAAUAUCUUAAUUUUAGUUUUUUUAUGUAUUUCAAUGCUAGUUAUGUCUAAUUUAGAGCUGUCAACGUUAACAUGUUAAAUGCAAUUCAUUUAAUUUGAAUUAACGCAAAAAAUCUAUUUAACGCCAUUAUCGCAACAAUCCGUUUUCUGUCAUAAUUAUCUAGCGCUACUUACAUAAUCACGCUCUUAUUCAUAUAACAGCCUUUAAACAAUUUAGGCACGAUUUGAAACGGUUGUAUUGACACGUCCAGUACAGAUUGACAGGUUCUUAACAUGACAGCGGUUCCGUAUCGUGUAACGGUUGCGUCAGAAUCUGUAUGACAGCGCACCAGUAUUAACUUCCCCUUGGUGCUUGAAUGAACAAAAACACACAUGAAAGUGCCAGAAAGCACAAUUUGUCUAGUAUUUUCGCAAGCACAGUCUUCAGCGAGUUAAAUAAAGUCUUAAAAGAAUGCAAAGAGUAGUGAAAAUAGUAAGCGCAUUAGACCUGCUUGAGCGGCAGCUCUUAUAGAUGCCGCGUUCCUGCCAUGAUUCCUGUCACAAAUCUUAAAGAACAAAACAAAAGAAAUCAAUGUGAUUUUGUAGCUUCAAUGUAUGAGAUGUAUUGAGAGGUAAAGACUUUAAAGAUUUUGAGAAAUUUCUAUUUAUUAUUUAUGCUAGAUAGGUAGGAAGGGCAAACUAAUUAUAAUGGGUUUGAUUAGUAGAAAAAACCCUAACCCUAACCCAUCAUUUGAUUGUUAAUGAUAAGAUUGUAAAGUAACCUGCAGUUUCAUGUUUCAAACAGAGAUGGAGAUAGAGAGUUACAGAACAAAUUGUAAGACAUUUUUAGGAAGUUCAGCCUCUCUCGUGUGUUCUGACAGCCAACCGCUGGUGAUGUGUGUGCUGUGUGAAAAGGCCGCUGUUAUUCUGUUGUUGACAUCUCUGA